AUGGCGCUGUCCAUAACGGGCACGCUGAGAGCCAUCCGUCAAGGAAAGACUUGGUGUAAGAUGGCUGCAGGCUACUUUAACAGACGUCAGAGAUCCACUCUGUAUGGAGUAGAAGAAGAGAUAAUAUGCCAACCUCUAGAGUUGGAUAGGGCAAUAGGAUGUACACAAGAAAAACAAAGACAGAGACUGCAGCUGCCCCCUGACCAGCCAGUCAAUCCUCGAGUGUUGAAAGUGGCUAUCAUAGGAGCCUACAACAGUGGCAAGUCAACCCUUACCAACAGUCUUAUGGGCUGGAAAGUGUCUGCGGCUUCUUGUAAAAUACACACAACACAGAAAAAUGUGUUAGCUGUACACACUGAGGGAGACACACAGAUCAUCUUCAGGGACACACCUGGACUUAUCCGAGGCAGCAAGAUCUCGGAGAAGAAAAGGAAUAAACUACUAAAGUCAGUGCUUGAGGAUCCUAAGAAGAGUUUGGUACAAGCUGACCUCAUUUGUGUGAUGAUAGAUGCUUCAGACAGUUGGGAUAUUGAAUUUCUAGAUGAGAAUAUUUAUCAUCUUCUGUGGAAAAAUAAACACAUUCCAUCUGUCCUUAUACUAAAUAAGAUUGACCUUCUGAAGAGACGCGAUUUCCUGCUCCACAUCACACGGAUGCUCACCAUGGACACUGUAGGGGGCAACAAGAUCCCAAUUACUACCAGUAAAACAAAACCAGGCUGGAAAGUAGUGACAUUUUGGAGUAUGCAAAACGAUGUACUUACAAUUCACGUUAAUAUCAACAUGUUUAGAAGCCGAAGUAUGAGCAUAGUGAUUGGACCUAAAGGAUCAUUGAUACAGAAGAUAAAAGAAGAAUCACAUGCCGCCCUGAUGGAUGCUUUCCGCUGUGAUGUCAUCCUGUCAUUGCGAGUUUAUAAGGAAGAAAAGAAGAAAGGAUCGAAAAACAAAGAAUAUUUGGAUAUGAAAGCGUUUGAAAAAGACAAAAAAUCUGCACAAAAUACAUCUAAAAAACCAGAAGUCUUCACUGCAAAUAACACAUAGAUGUUUUAAAAGAGGAGAUCUCCACCAGGACAGAAAUACCGGUGAUCUUUCCUAUGGAGGGAAAGAGCUGCUGGAUUGCAUAUACAACAACAAUUAUACAAAAAUUUGUUUUUGUGUACUCCAUUCUGUCUGUGAACUGUAAUGUUGCUAUUUUCUAGGAAUCUGAUUUUUUUUAGAUCAGAUAAGAUUGCCAACUAUACCUAUAAACUGUAUAAAGACAA